AAACAUGACUCUUCUUUUUCCUCAUAUCAGAACUCACCCAUCGAAGUCCUGCGAUUGAUUCAGUGUCCUGUCGGGAAGAAGAAAGCUUAAGAAGAAGAAGAAGAAGAUGGUGAAGGUAGCGACGUACUUCGCUAUGUCACUUGGAGCUUUCGUGUUCUGGCAAUCCAUGGAGAAGGUCCAUGUGUGGAUCGCUCUUCAUCAAGACGAAAAGCAAGAGCGAUUGGAGAGAGAAGCUGAGAUUAGGAGAGUGAGGGAAGAAUUGCUGCAACAAGCCAAACAGAACGAUCUUGCAUGAACGGCAUUUUCAAAGGCCUUUACUUUAAACUUUCUGUUGUUUCUGUUUUUCUUUCUUAUGAAUUUUUAUGUCAAGGGUCGAUAGAUAGGCUCUUGCAACAUAAUGCCUGCUCUAAGUUCAUGAGUAUGGUUGUCAAGGAUACGCUAUCACAUUCUUCUCUUAUAUAAAGUGCAUCAUUGUUGAGAUGUGCAGUUCACUUCCUUUUUUUUCGUAACUAUUAAUCAACUAUUGCAUCGAUUGCUGUGUUAUCUAGCUAAAAUAAUAAUUGCUUGAUCAGAUAUUCUAAGUU